CCGGAUUCAUGUUUCCAGCUGCAUGGAGAGUAUUACCCCAGCAGCAGGGCUGGGGCGCUGAGCAGAGCUCCCGCAGGUCCUCUUAAGUGUGUUGCCAGAUGGGAAGGUGUUGUCACACCCAAUCCUGGGGGCUAGACGUUGCUAUGUAGAAAGGUUGUGGGGCGCCUGAGUGGGAAAUAACUGAUGUUGUGAACCCUGUGCAAUGUACUACUGUUCUUACUUCUUAAACAGUCCCUUUAGCUAUACACAGAGAGGCAGUCCCGGGGAGAAAAUUAGUAAAAAGGCCCUACGAUUAUUUUAAAGGAUUUUCUCUGUAAACUAGAAGAACAGUUUGAAGGUCUCUGAUCAAAAUGAAUGUCAUUAAAAGGCUUUCUGCUUCAUAUCUGAGGAAAAGCAAGAUGCAGCAGAGGUGCCAAAGUAACAGACGACCAAUUGCUCCACUUGGGUCACGGAUUUUAACUGAUCCUACUAAAGUUUUUGAACAUAACAUGUGGGACCACAUGCAGUGGUCACAAGAGGAAGAAGAAAGGGCCAGAGAAAAAGCAACAGAGAACUCGCUUGUGCGGGUUCAACCAGAAGAUCAAGACAAAUAUGAAAGAGAAGCUAGUAAAUACUGGAAUGAAUUUUACAACACUCAUAAGAAUAACUUUUUCAAGGAUCGUAAUUGGCUGUUUCUGGAGUUUCCAGAAAUUCUUCCAAAAGGAAGGAAAAAUCAGAUGAAUAAAGAGGAAAAAUCUUCUUAUCCUGUAAAACUGAAUGCUACAAACAGUUGCACAAAUGUGGGCUUUCCUGGAAUGUUUGAAGAAGGCAAAGAUUAUUGCCAGAACAAUUUGGUGGAUGGCUUAACUUCUGUGGAAGGACACUCAUACAACAAAAACCAAGCAGAACCUGUUACUGACAACAAACAUGUUAAGAACUGUGAACAAGAACCUGUGAAGCAAGAAUCCUUCCCUGGCAGUGGUGCUACUUACAGAAUGCUAGAGGUUGAUUGUGGUGCUGGAAACAGUGCUUUUCCUAUUUUGAAAGUUAUAUGCAAUACCCCUGGAGCCUUUCUGUACUGCUGUGAUUUUGCGUCGGGAGCAGUGGAGCUAGUAAAGUCACACUUGUCCUACAAUUCAGCCUGGUGUUCUGCCUUUGUUCAUGAUGUGUGUGAUGAUUCCUUACCCUACCCUUUUCCAGAUGAGAUCCAGGAUGUCAUUCUCCUUGUCUUUGUGCUCUCUGCCAUUCAUCCUGACAGGAUGCAAGGAGUUGUAAGUAGACUGGCCAAAUUAUUGAAACCUGGAGGGAUGUUGUUAUUUCGAGACUACGGAAGAUACGAUACAUCUCAGCUUCGUUUUAAAAAAGGCCGCUGCUUGUCAGAGAAUUUUUAUGUACGAGGAGACGGUACCAGAGUUUAUUUCUUUACAGAAGAUGAGGUCCACAACAUGUUUACCCUGGCUGGGUUAGUUGAAGUGCAGAAUCUAGUUGAUCGACGAUUACAAGUCAACAGGAAGAAAAAAGUGAAAAUGCAGCGAGUUUGGAUACAAGGCAAGUUCCAAAAACCAUUUCAGCUACCUCAGAAUAGCCGCCAAUAGGCACCCUCAUAGCAAAAUAUAUAGGAUUCCCCAGAGACCAAAACAAGUGAGUGCAUAUAUAUUUCCUGUGGAUCCGGUGUUAACUGCUGAAAAGGCAGGAAAAAUGUUGAACUGAAAGCAUUUUCUUAAAAAAAUGUACUUUUUUGUUGUUAAGAAGUGAUGUGGAAAAAUGUCUUUUGU